AAAAAUGUUCACUAAUCAUCAAAUAAAUUCCCGACUUUUUGGUUCCCAUUGAUCUGUGCACACUGCACAUUACCCAAAACCUAUCCAAUUCGAUAAUCUGGUACUAAAAUACUUACGGAGAAGCACCGGAGGAAUUUACUCAGUUGUGGAAAGAAAAAGCAAGCUUAGAUAUCAGGGCUUGAUUGAUCCAAGUCAAUCACGUCAGCUCUUUUAGGGGGUUGUGAAGGGGAAGAGAGCAAGAAGGGAGGCGUCUUCGAGUUUUUCUGCGUUUAUGCGCGACAUGGACACAGGACACUUAUUAAUUCUUCCUCAUCUCUUCAAUGUCCCAGCCAAACACCGACAAUCAGACGCAAUAUUAUGGGGGCAACCUGCACGACCUGCAUGGCCAUCGGGAAUAUUCUAAUCAGCCCUACCCCGGAUAUAAUAAUGACUUGCUGUCGCAACCCCUCCGGGCCACGCCAAUACCGCCUUUGGCGUCCAAUGCCUAUCUUCAUCCUUCUUCUGGUUCAUCACAACUUCACAACAGCUUGAAUGAAACUUCGGAUUCAUCCGUUGAUAUACCGUUAGUGCAGCACACUUCUUGGGAUAGCGGAGCACAAUCUGUUUCCCAGACACGGAGCACCAAUUUUCAACAAACUGCUGGUGGGACAUCCGCAUCAGUACCGAAAGCAUCGUCAAUGCGGCACCAUCCUUCUGAUUUACCUGUACUUGGCGUUGAGCAAUAUGGUAGCGGGCGCUCUGCGAAAAGACCUGCUGCCAAGGCAAAUAUAAAGACCAAGACCACAGCUAUUCCUAGUGACACUACUCGCAUUUCGAAGAAGCGAGGGAGACGACGAACAGAGGCGGAGCAAACAGAUUCAGCAGAGGAGCCGAAAAGGACAAGAGGUCGCCCACGACUUGAAACCAAAGACCAGACGCCAACCGAGCGUCGACGGACUCAAAUUCGACUUGCGCAGAGGGCGUACCGUAAUCGGAAGGAAAAUGCCAUCACUGACCUACAGGCGAAAAUCAACGAUCUCAAGGAUGUGAAUUCCGAAAUUAAUAACGCAUACCGGAAUUUAUUUGACUUCGCAUCUCAAAGUGGGCUCUUGUCUCAGGCGCCUGAAUUUGGACAGCAACUACAAAGGCUCCAAACGCUCGUCGACCGAACGCAGAAGGAAAGUCCCAAGACCAGUGACCUGGGCAGUCCAGAAGAGAACGCGGACGAUGACCUGCAGGAAGUUGACGAGGUUGAAGAAUUACCCCAGUUCAAUGACGACCCGGUAUCUUCUUCGCAGGGGGAAAGCCAGACGUCGCAGCAGCAGCAGCAGCUAUGGGGUGGACUAAUGGUAUCUCACGAGCCGCAAAUCCAACAGGGACCAUCAGGUAGUGCAUCGAAUUUUCAGCAUCAAGCACACGAGUAUGAGGUUAUCACCGCCCCGACCCUUGAAAAUGCGAGUUUUCCGCCAAACCUGGCCAUUGACAUGAACUUCAUGAACCCCGCGGAUUCCUCCUGGGCGCAGCACCCGUGGAACCGUCUCACCGGGCCCCGGACCAUGUCUUUUAACGAGUGGACAUUUGCCCGGAGGCUGCACCGCCACGCAUCCGAACGCGCGGGGGCUCUCAUCAACAUGCCCAAUCCGCCGCCGGCGAAGUUCUCGCGGGUGUUUGGCUUCGUCAUGUUGUUUGAGACAAUCGAGGAGAUUCGAACGCGGACCGCAGCGACGAUAAGACGCAUCCACGACGAGCCCCUGAGCUACUGGGAACACCCUUUCCACAGACUCGGCGGCUCCGGCACGCACUACGCCGGCCAGCCGUCGAGUCUCUCGGGAUCAUCGAGUUACGAAAGCUCCGGGUACGCCAUGGGCCCCUUUAACGAGCGGACAACCAGGGUGCGCGAUACGCUGCUAGGCGCCUCCCAGUACAUCAACAUGACGGGCUGGGAAGGGACGUGGUACGACUCGGGCGAGGUCGAGACGUACCUCGCGCAGAACGGGAUAAUGAUCCACUCGGCAGCGGAUAUCGAAACUGUCGAGGUGCAGCCCGGCGCAUUUUCCGACCAGGACGCCCAGCCGCAGAUCCAGCUGAUGCAGACGAUCCCGCCGCAUGCCGUCCCCACGCACCACGGAACCCCGUCCUUCGACCACGGACUGUCGUCCCACAUGCCGCCACAGCAAGCGGGCGGCUCGGCCUACCAAACUAGAUCCGACAUGAGUAGUAGCAGCGCCAUCAACAACAAUAACGUCCCCACGACGCACGACGGCUCGUGGCACCCCAUCUCCGUCACCUCGAGUCUGUACGGGGAAGCCCAGACCGUGCAGGGCGGUAUGCCGGCGUACACAGGCCUCGACAACAUGGCGGCCAACGUCUUCCCGAACUCCACGUCGUAUCUCUUCCCACACCACGAAUCUGGUGCUGCGACGAUGCCGCCCGCGGUCCCGCGGAGGGUUAUGCUGGAUGUCAAUUCUUUUAUCGACAAACUAUUAUCCCACGCGACUUGUCUCGGGCGCGCCCCCGCUUUCCGACCGCGAGAUAUCGUGAAGGCGUUUUGGGAGGCCGUGAUUGCGGAUUGAUUGAUUAACUAGACAUACAUACCUAGGUUAUAUACAUACCUACCUAACCUAGGUACUUCCCUAUGUUCACGUAUACAUAGCAAGCCAGGCAGGCAGGCAGGCAGGCAGGCAGACAGGACAAAACACUCCUUUACUCAUCGGCGUUAUAUUACUAGGAACCUUGGAAUAGAACAAAGAAACACGGGGCGGGUUCGCAGUGAUUUUCCAUCUCUACCUAUCUUACACCUUAUCACAUGCAGUACCUAGGGGGUGGUAUCGCUGUCUGCGUACAUACCUACCUAGGUACCUAUACAUAAUAAGAGCAGAACAACGGUAGAUUGGGGAUGGUUCUGGGGAAUUGG